AUGACCAGGUCGACUACUGAGGUUUCAAGACCAGACCUCAAAGGAGACAUCUUCCGUAGCGACGCCGAGAGCUUGGUCCGGAGCAUGUGGCCUGGACCGUGCGUGGCCUGGACCGUGCGUGGCCUGGACCGUGGUCUGGUCCGUGGCCUGGUCCGUGGCCUGGACCGUGGCCCUGGACCGUGGUCUAAGAACAAGAAAACUCCUUAUUAUAUGGACUCUGUGCCUGAACCUACACCCACAGUGCCUGAACCUACACUCGCAGUGCCUGAACCUACACCCACAGUGCCUGAACCUACACCCACAGUGACUGAACCUACACCCACAGUGCCUGAACCUACACCCACAGUGCCUGAACCUACACCCACAGUGCCUGAACCUACACUCGCAGUGCCUGAACCUACACUCGCAGUGCCUGAACCUACACCCGCAGUGACUGAACCUACACCCACAGUGCCUGAACCUACACCCACAGUGACUGAACCUACACCCACAGUGCCUGAACCUACACCCGCAGUGACUCUGAACCUACACCCACAGUGCCUGAACCUACACCCACAGUGCCUGAACCUACACUCGCAGUGCCUGAACCUACACCCACAGUGCCUGAACCUACACUCGCAGUGCCUGAACCUACACUCGCAGUGCCUGAACCUACACCCGCAGUGA